AUGAAAAAAUAAAGAGUAUAGUAAUAAUCAAGGUUUCCUAUGACAACAAGACCUUUAUAAACAUUUGAUUUAGAAACUGAAGAAUAAAUAGAAUAGAGAUUUAAUGAAUUUUUAAAUGAAGCUUAAAAUGAAACAAUAAAAUUAGUAACAGUUGAGAAAGGUAAAUAAAGAAGAUUGGCAUUAAAUCAAUAUAAAAAGAAAACAAUAAAGGAGAGUCAAAUGAUAGAAUAAUCUUCAUAUGAUGGAGAGAAUCAAUCUCGUGUUGAUGAAAUAAUUGAAUUAGAAACCAAACCAUAAAAGAAAAUAAGUCAAAAACAUGAAGAAUUUUAUAAAUUUUUUGUGGAUCGAUAUUUCCAUAAAUAAGAAGUGAAAUAAUCUGCUUCUUAAUAAACUUUAACUAAUGAUGUAAACUUUUUAGUCAAUAGAUAUGGAGAUGUAUACUUAAUAAUGUAAUUUAGUUUUUAUAAAAUUCACUUAUGUCUAGUUUAAUUAUUGAUACCUUAAAACACAAAUUUUAGAAUUAAGUUCCUAUGUAUGAUCAUUUUGGAACUGCUUAAAAGAUUUUGUAAUCAUUUAAUGUAUCAGCUGUUACUUUAUGUAAUAUGAAAACAGCAGAAGAACGAUAAACUUAUUUAAUUAAUAGUUUUUAAUAGAAAUGUGAUUAAUUAAUGAAUGAAUGGAUUCUUAAAAUUGCAAAAAAAGAUAAAUAAUUAUAAUUGAUAGAUAAAUAAUUUACACUUACUAGAAUGAAAAAUAGAAAAGAAUAAAAUGAUUUAUUUAAAUGGUUAACUUUAAAAAGUAAAUAUUAGGUACUCUAAAAAAAAUUAAGAGAAAUGCUUAUGGAAAAAAUAAAUGAAUAUGAAAAUCAAAUUAAAAUUGCUGAAGCUAUAAGUUAAAAUAAAAAAGUUAAUUUAAUAGGUAUAGAGACUAUAUAAACUUCAUAAAUAGUAAAAAAUAAUAAUUUUUAUUCUUAAAAUAAUUAGGAUAUAUUUUAAUGGAAUCCUGUAUUAGAAGCUAAAUUUCAAAAAGAAAGAUUAAAAGCUUAAUAUACAUAUAAUUCAGCAAUUAAUUCAAGUAAUUACAAUCAAGUAGCUUUUAUGCAGAUUUUUGAUUAAGUUAAAAUAGAAGAUCCUGUUUAUUUAUAAAGAGAAGUAAAAAUGUAAAAAUAUAUGAAUGGAGAUUGGUUAACACCAUAAGAAAUGAAAUUUCUUGCUAAUACAUCAGAAUUAUUGAAUAAAUGUGUAGAUUAAAAAUAAGUCAAAAAAGUAGUUAUGCAUAUUAAAGAAAAAUAACUUUAUGAUUUAGAAAAUUAUCUAGCAUAAUAAAUUAUUUAAAAUCAUUAAUCUCUUAAUUGUUAAAUUUAAUAAGCAAGAUCAUUAUGGUUAAAAGAAUAAAUAAAAUAAAGAAAAUAAUAAAUCAAAUCACAUGAUUAAUAAAUCUAAGAAUCAAUUAAACAUAAUAAAAUAUUAAAAGAUCAUGAUAAAAAAGUAAAGAAACUUCAAAGAAUUUGUAAAAAAUUAGAAGAAAAUAUCUCAAUUAAAGAUUAAGUAUAUAGAAACUUCUUUGCUUUAAUUUUUGUAAGAAAAAUAAUAUAAAAAAUUGAAUAUCUUAGAUUUAUUAAAUUAGAAAAAAGUAAUAUGUUUGUUAAAGAAACACUGGCUGAAUAAGAAAAACUUAGACUUCAUAAACAAAGAUUAAAAGAACUAUCAAUACCAUAUAAUCAUGAAGAAGAUAAACGUAGAAAAUAUCAUCCUUCUUCUAAAGUUGGAUUUGUUCCUACUCAUGGAAUGACUGCUGAUGAUUGGGAAAGCAUAGAAGGUUAAAAAUUAGCUGAAAGACUUAAAAUACAAAAACAAAAAGAAAUUUAAUAUAGAUUAGGAGUAUUAUCAAUAGAUAAUAAUAAAAAAGAAAAUUUUAUCAAGUUUUAUUCAUCUGGACCUAAUAAAGCUAUUAGAUAAGAUCCAAUUUUUGAUCCUCUAAAUCCUAAUGAUCCACCUAAAUUAUCUCAAAAAGAAUUAAAUUCAAUUAUUAUGAUUCAGAGGGCUAUUCGUAAAAGAAUAGCAUUUAAAAAGAUAAAAAAUUAUAAAGAGUUAUUUUUUUAAAAGAAAAUUAGAAUAUAUCAUGAAAAAUUAUCUAGACUUAAUUCAGAAAAAGAAUUCUAAAGUAAUGUUAAGGAAAUCACAUUAUAAUUAAUUAAUUAACCUUAAAUCAGAAUUAAAACAUCAUCAAAUAGAGUUAAAUCUGAAAUUUCAUUAACAAAGUCUAUGAGAACUAAAUUAAAAACUGAAGAGACUGCAGAACCAUCAUCUAUUGGAUUUGGAAGAUAAGGUAGAUUAGUUACAACUUAAAAUUUAUCUAAAGUGAAAGUACUUCUUGUAAAACAUGAAAGACUUCUUAGAUAUUCAAAGUUGAAUUAACCUAAUCAUAUUCUAAAAUCAGGAUUUUAUUAUACAUAAGAUGAUAUAGAUGUAAUGGAUUAAGAUGGAAAUACAGCUUUAUAUUAUGCUUCAAUGCAUGGAAACAAUAUUCUAAUUGAUUUUAUGUUAAAACAUGGAGCUAAUCCAAAUGUAUUAUGUAGUGAUGGAACACCUAUGCAUAUGGCAGUAAAAUCAAAUAGAAUAGAUGUAAUUUAAUUUAUGUAUUUUAGGUGAUUUAUUUAUUAUUAAAUAAUGGUGGAAGUUUAAAUAUUGUUAAUUAAUUUAAUUGUACACCUUUAGUAUAUGCAAAUGAUAAAAUUUUAAAAUAAUUAGGCAUGAAAUAAAAAGGAAUUGUUUCUGUUACCAAACAAUUUACAGAAAUCAAAAAUGAUGAAAUACUUUAUUCUAAAGAUGUAGCUCUUUAAUGUGAUUGA